AUGGCCUACAGAGUGGAAAUGUUUUUUAGCUACAAUCUCAUGACCGGGUUGUUCAGUACUAUGCGCGUGCUGUUUAGUAAGUCUUGGGUGUUUUAUGUAGUUCUUAUGGAUGUGUUGGACUGUCUGGAGCCCAUGCGUGGUUGCCACUUGCCAGUUGCUCCUAUCAAUGGGCAUGUAAAGCAGCCAGGAGAUCUGGUGAUUGGAGGAACUUUCCCUAUUCAUGUGGACAGAAGCUACACUGAAAACACAUUUACCAGCAAGCCAGAGGAUUUCAAAUGCAAACUCCUUGACAUUGACAAUUACCAGAAAAUGCCAGCCAUGAUAUAUGCCAUAGAGGAGAUCAACAAGGAUCCAGACCUUCUUCCCAAUAUCACCCUGGGCUACCAGAUCUUCGACACUUGUACUGUACUCAGACGGGCAGUAGAAGGAACUUUGUGGAUGUUAUCCGGAGGAAAAGAAAGCAUUCCAAAUUAUCAGUGUGAACAAACAGGCAUUUUUGCUGGUAUUGUUGGUGAUGCUGCAUCUACACGCUCCAUUCUAAUGGCACACAUUUUAGGUCUUUAUAGAUAUCCACAGAUAAGCUACCUCUCAACCAGCCCAACUCUCAGCAACAGAAAAAUAUUUCCUUCUUUCUUUCGUACCAUACCUAGUGAUGUAUUUCAGUCCCAAGGUCUUGCUAACUUAAUCCUGUAUUUUGGUUGGUCGUGGGUUGGCUUUCUAGCAAGCGAUACUGACUAUGGUCAACUAAGUCUUCAGGCGGUAAAGCAGGAAUUAAUCAAUGCUGGUGUAUGUGUAGCUUUCAUAGAAACAAUUAUGACCGGCCAGGCCGACAGGAAUGCUCCACACAUUGUCAAAGUUAUCAAGGGAUCAACAGCCAAAGUUGUGGCAGUGUUGGCCUCCAAACCAGACUUUUUACCAGUUGUAGAGGAGUUAGCAAGACAGAAUGUGACUGAUAGAAUCUGGAUAGCCAGUGAAGCAUGGUCAACCUCUAAUAUUCUUUCUAAAGAAAAGUAUCAGCAUGUCUUGAUGGGCACUCUUGGGUUUGCUGUCCAUGGAGGACAGUUUCCAGGAUUUAUGGAGUAUAUUUACAGCUUACACCCAUCAAAAGCUCCAAAUAAUUAUUUUAUAAUAGAGUUUUGGGAGGAAUUUUUUUCUUGCAAAUGGACUAACCACCUGAUUUUGGAUGACGGGAUAAGUAACAAAACAGCACGUGACUGCACUGGAGAAGAAAAUCUAAGGAAGUCAAUGCUAAAAGUUGAGUUUGGAAUAACCUUCAAUGUCUACACUGCAGUUUAUGCGUUUGCAUGGGCCUUAGACAGUCUACUUCACUGCCAGCCAGGAAAAGGCCCAUUUCAUAAUGAAUGCGCAGAUAUUUUGUCCUUUGACCCUUGGCAACUUCUCCAUUAUAUUAAAAGAACAAGGUUUCAGACUAAAGACAAGACAAACAUAUUUUUUGAUGACAACGGGGAUCCUCCAGCCCUUUAUGAUAUUGUGAACUGGCAGAUGAGUUCUACUGGGUCCUUGGAGCAAGUUAUAGUAGGAAGAUAUGACUCCAGCUCCACAGAUGGGAACAUCAUGAGUCUAAAUCAUGCUGGCAUUGUAUGGGUUAAUAACAAAACAAUGGUUCCACCAUCAAAGUGCAGUUCUAGCUGUUCUCCAGGAUUUAUGAAGGCGACUAUUCAUGAAAAGCCAAUCUGCUGUUUCCAGUGUGUACCAUGCCCUCAGGGACAAAUCUCCAAUGAAACAGAUGCUGUCAACUGCCUCCCUUGCCCCUGGGAUAUGUGGCCUAAUGUCCAGCAAGGUGCAUGUUUGCCAAGGCCCAUUGAGUUCCUCUCCUACAGUGAAGCACUUGGCAUUAUCUUGGUUACCAUUGCCAUAUUCUCCUCUGUUGUCCCACUUGGAAUUUUGGGAUUGUUCAUCUAUUAUAGGACCACACCAAUAGUGCGAGCCAACAACUGGUCUUUAAGCUGUCUUUUACUCAUAUCUUUGUGUCUCUGCUUCCUUUGCUCAUUGGCGUUUAUUGGAUACCCGCAACUAGAUAAGUGCCUUCUCCGCCAGGUUACAUUUGGUUUGGCCUUUGCAUUGUGUAUCUCUUGUGUUCUUGCCAAAACUAUUACAGUCGUCAUUGCCUUCAAAGCCACCAAGCCAGGAAGUCAGUUAAGAAAGUUUACUGGUGUACGAGGAUCCUACUCACUCAUUGUCCUUUGUUUACUAAUCCAAGUAUCCAUCUGUGUGACUUGGCUUUCUUCUUCACCUCCUUUUCCAGAGUUUGACCCUAACUCUCAGUCAGGGGUGAUUAUUUUGAGCUGCAAUGAAGGUUCUCCUACUGCAUUCUGGUUCAUGUUAGGAUACCUUGGUCUCCUAGCCACCAUCAGUUUUAUUGUUGCGUUCUUGGCCAGAAGAUUACCUGACAGCUUCAAUGAGGCCAAGUAUAUUACAUUUAGCAUGUUGGCUUUCCUCAGUGUUUGGAUUUCCUACAUCCCAGCCUCUCUCAGCUCACGAGGGAAGUAUACUGUGGCCACAGAGAUCUUUGCCAUCUUAUCUUCUACCUGGGCUCUUGUGGUUUGUAUUUUCCUGCCAAAAUGUUUCAUCAUAUUGUUUCGACCAGAUAUGAACUCUAAAGGACUAUUGAUGAAGAAAAACUGAGUCUGAAAACCAAAAAUGUAGACAUCUAUCAUAUGCGGGACUAUAGUUAUGUAAUCAUAGAACUGUUUAUGUUGUAAGCAUUUUAGGAAAAUAUUUUGUAGAUUCAUAACUUUCUCUGUUUUGAAGGAAUUGCUGUUUGUUUCACCAUGUUCUUUCUCUUACUGAUUUCUAAAUGGGAAGGUCUGAAUUCAUUACAAAAACCUGAGCAAUCUCUGUGUUGUGGUGGAAAAACCUGCAGUGUAUGCAUCCCUUUAGAAAUGGAUGAGUCUUGUAGAG